AUGCCACGUCCGGCGCCAAGCAAGCCUCAGACCUCCUUCCCCCGCUAUUUCCUCACCUACUUCCUCUCUUCCCUCCUCCUCAUCGCCAUCUUGGCCUCUUACACUUUGGGCUUCCAACUGGUACGGGACCCGCAGAACCUGGUUUCUCUGGGCCUCUACGGAGUUUUCUUGACUCUCCACUUCCUUGCCCAGGGAUGUUUUGCAUGCAUGGAACUGCGUAAGCAUCGAGUGGGCCCCCUGCCCUGCAGCCCCUCCAAAACGGUGGCCCUCACCAUUUCUGCCUAUCAGGAGGACCCUUCCUACCUGCGCCAGUGCCUCGAAUCAGCCCGAGAUGUGGCCUAUCCAAAGCACCUUCUCUCCGUGGUGAUGGUUGUGGACGGCAACGGCCCUGAAGAUCGGUACAUGAUUGAGAUGUUCCGGGAGAUCUUUCGUUGGGAAGACGUCGGUACCUACGUCUGGGAGGGCAACUACCACAGCCACCCAGGGACGGAAGAACUGAAGGAGGCCCAACAGCGGGAAGUGGAGACGUUGAUCAGGAACAAGCGAUGUGUCUGCAUCAUGCAGAAGUGGGGCGGGAAGCGGGAGGUGAUGUACACCGCUUUCCGAGCUCUAGGGGACUCAGUGGACUAUAUCCAGGUCUGUGACUCAGACACCAAACUGGACUCAAUGGCUACCGUGGAACUAGUGAAGGUGCUGGAGUCAGAUGAGCGCUACGGGGCCGUCGGGGGGGACGUGCGGAUCCUCAACGUAACAGACUCGUUCAUCAGCUUCAUGAGCAGCCUGCGCUACUGGAUGGCCUUCAACAUCGAACGCGCCUGCCAGUCGUACUUUGACUGCGUCACCUGCAUCAGCGGCCCCCUGGGCAUGUACCGUAACAACCUAUUGCAGAUGGUCCUGGAGCCCUGGUACCAUCAGACCUUCAUGGGUAAAAAGUGCACCUUUGGGGACGAUCGGCAUCUCACCAACCGUAUCCUGAGUCUCGGCUAUGCCACCAAGUAUGCCCCACAUUCCAUCUGCCGCUCCGAGACACCUUCUGUCCUCCUGCGUUGGGUCUCCCAGCAGAUGCGCUGGUCUCGCUCGUACUUCCGCGAGUGGCUCUACAUGGUCCUGUGGUGGCCCCAGCACUCCCCCUGGCUGGCCUACGAGGCCAUCGUUUCAGGACUGUUCCCUUUCUUGGUGGCCAGUACAACUCUGCGGCUCCUUUAUACCGGCAGCCUCUGGGGUACGCUGUGGCUGCUCAUCAGCAUCCAGAUGGGCGGCCUGGCUAAGGCCUUGUAUGCCACCGUCCUCCGUCGCAGUCCCAUCAUGCCCCUGGCUUCUCUCUACUCUGCCCUCUACAUGGCUGUUCUGCUACCCACCAAGCUCUUUGCCCUGGUCACCCUGCCUUGGGCAGAGGGUUGGGGCACCUCUGGCCGGCUCCAUAUCCGCAUUAACUAUUUGCCUGUCUUGCCUCUGCUUGCUUGGUGGGGGGCUGUGCUGGGGGGAUUGAGUUUCACCCUCUAUAAAGAGGCCAUGGGAGGCUGGCAGGAUCUGGAAGUACUGAUCUAUGGGUUAUCUGCCUGCUUAGCCCACUGGGGGGUUCUGCUCGGCUUCUAUUUGGUGCAAGUGCGGCGUGCCUGCAGGCGUCGACAUAGAAUCUACCACUUAGAUCAAGCCAGGAGAGUUUGGGAGGGCGGAGAGCUGGGAAUCCCUGGAAAGUACAGACCAAUGGGAGAAAUGGGUUUCAAGCUGGAGUCACUUCAGAGCAAUUGUGUAUAA